UCAUUAUGGUACCCCCAAGCCCCCUCGAGAGAGCCCCAUGUCUAUACCACGCCGAACCAAUUCCAUUGGGAACGUUGGAAGCGUUCUUCCUGGAGCUCAUCCAUCUUGUGAAGGCAAGAGACGACGCAAUCGUUCCAACGUAGAAGCAAUGGCAUCUAAGAAUAUGGACCCGACAGAAUCGGCGGAUUACCCUCUCUUGUCUAGCCAGCAUAGUGCCAGGUCUUCCACACCUCAGUCUCUUGGAAAUUUGGGUGACGUGGGACAAAGUGAUUCUUUCUCUGACCUUGGCCCUUUACCAGUGAACUGGGAAAAAGCAUACACAGAAACUGGGGAGACCUAUUUUAUUGAUUACAAUCGUCGGACAUCUCAGUGGCUUGACCCUCGGUUACAGAGAAUACAGAAAAAGACAAAUGAUGAAGAACUUCCUUAUGGGUGGGAAAAGAUAGAUGAUCCUCACUAUGGUACAUAUUAUAUUGAUCAUGUAAAUAGAAGAACACAAUAUGAAAAUCCGCUUUCACAGGAUAAACCUGAAGGACUAGAAGUCAGUGAGAGGAGAGAUCAUAAUGUAUUUCCACAUUCUAGGCCACCUACAUUACAGGAACACCCUGGAGUGGAGAGUAGCAACACUUCUGGGCUUGGUGCAACUAACCGUGAGUCGCUACUAAUCUCGAGUACUGGUCAAACAGUGCCCGCUUCUACCACCACUACUCCUCACCCUGUCGAUGGUGUAACCUCACUUUCGGGUCACCAGGUGUCCUCCUCAUCCCCUGAAUCCUCUCCUCGUUUCCCCUAUCUGCCUUGUAUUCCUUGUCUGAGUGAUAAGCAUGAUCCUAAUAUACCUAGUGGGAAAGCUCAUAAUGCUGAGUCUACUCCUGAAGAGGGAUCUUGUCAGGUACCAAAUCGUAACCACAUGUCUAACUCAAAUGACAUACCCAAGCAAGGGGAGACUUCUGUUCUCACACAGGAUACUUUAGAUGAGGUCCGAACCUCGCCCCAAAUUGCACGGUCUCCCAGCAUUGGACGUGCUGUUGAAAACCUGUAUGUGCCAAGUAAAGGGCCCCGGUCACCUGGUUCUCAUCGGGAGAACCCCUACAGUAUUUCACGGCAGACUUCAGGGAGUGCAGUAGGAUACAGAUUACCUUAUGUUUUCACAUCCAAUCCAUCAGAGCUACGAGGAGAAAUCUUACGAACAUCCCUCUUGAAAAGUACUCGAGGUUUUGGAUUUACGAUAGUUGGAGGUGAUAAUCCAGAAGAAUUUUUACAGAUUAAAAGUGUUGUGCCAAACAGCCCUGCCUGGAAAGAUGGCAGACUGCAAACUGGGGACAUACUGGUGUACAUGAAUGACAGGUGUGUCUUGGGAUUCACACAUCAGGACAUGGUAGAAUUAUUCCAAUCCAUACCACCAGGAAACAUUGUCCACUUAGAAGUUUGUAGGGGAUACCCUUUGCUAUUUGACCCUAAUGACCCGAACACAGAAAUAGUGACCACAGUUGCUGUAUCGUCCAGUAACACACAGUUUGCUGAUGGCCAUAGUAUUUAUUCCUCUGGCCAAGGAGGGUCAAAGAUAGACAACUCUCAGUUUUUAGGGGAUGUUGUGGAAGCAGAGUCAAUGGGACGGUCUGCUAAGUCAAUGCCUGACCUCAGUACAGGUCAGGUUGACCACCAACAUCCUCAGAGACACAAUAGUACUGACCUUUUAAGCCCCAAUGGAAUGGAUAGCACUCCUGAUAUCCUGGAUUUUAACCCACAAAGUUCACACAGACCAGAGUUUUUAACAGUAGAUAUUGUGAAAGGCAGUGGAGGUUUUGGUUUUACUAUUGCUGACAGCUCCUAUGGACAGAAGGUAAAAAAAAUUCUGGAUUGGCCUCGAUGCAAGUUGUUACAAGAGGGUGACAUUUUAGUAGAAAUAAAUAACCGUGAUGUACGUGAACUGCCUCAUGCCGACGUAGUGACAGUGUUAAAAGAGUGUAAAUGUGGGGAUCAGGCUCGCAUCACCAUACAACGAGGAGGAAUUGCUUCUCCCCUCAAAGGGAGGGGGAAAUCAUCAAAG